CAACAUUUCUCGACACAUUCAUCUCUUCCGUUCGCAUUCACUGUAUCAACCACAACACACAUCUAAAACAUCGCAAUAAUGGCUACCUUUGUCAAGCCCCUCCACCCCGAGAUCCUCUGGGCCCAGCGCUCCUCGGCCACUGACGCCGAGAAGAACAUCCUCUACGUGACUAUCAACACCCCCGACAUCCAGGGCACUCCUACCCUCGACAUCACCAAGGACCAGAUCUCGUUCGCGGCCAAGACGGGAGACGCCUCGAAGAACAUUCCCGAGAAGGAGUGGGCCUGUGACCUCGACCUUUGGGCUGAGAUCGACCCUACUCACACCAAGAAGGCCCAGACCUCGCGUGCCAUUGUCCUCGUCCUCCGCAAGAAGGAGCUGAACGCCGAGUACUGGACCCGUCUCACCAAGGAGAAGCCCAACCGCAACUGGAUCAAGACUGACUUCGCCAAGUGGGUCGACGAGGACGAGCAGGACGGCGACGCUGCCGACGUUGACCUCGGUGGAAUGGGCGACAUGGGUGGCAUGGGCGGCAUGGAGCAGAUGAUGGGCGGCAUGGGCGGCAUGGGCGGCAUGGGCGGCGGCAUGCCCGGUAUGCCCGGUAUGGGCGGCAUGGGUGGAAUGCCUGGCAUGGGCGGCAUGGGCGGCGGCCCCGGCGGCAUUGACUUUGCCAAGUUGAUGGAGCAGAUGGGCGGUGCUGGCGGCAUGCCCGACUUUGGUGCUGGCGAGGACGACGACGAGGGUGACCUCGACGACGAGGCCCCCGCGGCCAAGAAGGCCGACGAGCCCGAGCACCUCGACCUCAAGGUCGAGCCAGGCGAGGUCGUCAUCAUCAAGGGCGAGAGUGGAUCCGGCAAGACGACAUUCCUCAAGUGUAUCGCCGAGCUCAACGUCUACCAGGAGGGCGAGAUCCGUCUGAACGGCCAGCCGUCAGCAUCGUACGGGAUCCCAAACUUCCGCACGCUGGUGCAGUACAUCCCCCAGCGGCCGUCCAUGCUCCCGGGCACGCCGCAGGACUUUCUGGACCGGUGCCGCGGCUUCGCGGCGCGCAAGGCGCGCGACGCGGCGCUCGAGGCGGCCGGCCGCACCUGGCCGGACCCGUACACGCUUGCUGCCGAGUGGGGCAUCGAGCAGACGUGCUGGACGCGCGGGUGGGGCACGCUCUCGGGCGGCGAGUCGCAGCGUGUCGCGCUCGCUAUUGCCAUUGGGCUCGGCGGCGCCGAGGUCAUCCUGCUUGACGAACCCACGUCCGCGCUCGACGAGGUCACGACCAAGCUGGUCGAGAACACCCUCGUCGGCAUGCUCCCCCAGGCGCCGAUCGGCGCACCCAAGGGCGCGAACAUCCCUCGGCGAGCAACUGGCCCCAAGGCCCUCGUGUGGAUCACCCACUCGCCCGAGCAGGCGGACCGCGUCGGCACACGCAAGGUGGACAUCACGCGCCGUUCAUAGACCCGCGUCGGAGCGCCAUCAGUAGACCUAUUAGGAGUGCCAUCAAUGGUAUGCCGAGUCGGCUCCCCUCUAGUCUAUCAAAGUGAUGCAUGAAACCGAAGCGCGUACAUGAAAUCCCCAA